ACCUGGGAGAGUUGGGUUUACACUGGUAACCAAGAUGCUGAAUGACUUUAUGUAAACAGUGUGAGGAUGCAGGGGUGUUGACGGAACAAGUCACCAAGGAACCUUCCAGCAUGGACGGGAGACAGGCUGAGAGAGGCGAGCUGCCUCUGAACUUCAGUGGAGCCACACAGCUUGUUUCAGCUGAGGAUCCUAACACCAGUUGGGUUGGUUCCUGCGGUAACGGCUCGUGUCGGUCGUCCUGGCGACCAGGAUGCUCCUACGGCACGGCCGGACUGGUCCUCAUCGCCGUGUUCCCCGCCUCCCUCAGCAUCCUCACUGUCCUCGGCAACGCUCUGGUGAUGCUGGCAAUCACAGUCAACAAGCAGCUGCAGACCAUCAACAACUACUUCCUGUUCAGCCUGGCAUGUGCGGACCUGAUCAUCGGGCUCCUUCCCAUGAACCUUUACAGCCUCUACCUCAUCAUGGGCUACUGGCCGAUGGGAGCAGUAGUCUGUGACCUUUGGUUGGCGCUGGACUACGCGGUCAGUAACGCCUCAGUCAUGAACCUCCUCCUGAUCAGCUUCGACCGCUACUACUGUGUGACCCAGCCUCUGAUCUACCCGGCCCAGCGCUCCCCCAGGGUGGCCGGGGGCAUGAUCGCGGCGGCCUGGCUGCUCUCCUUCCUCCUCUGGGUGCCUGCCAUCCUCCUGUGGCAGCACCUGCACCACACUCUCCCUGAGGGGAAGUGUUACAUCCUGCUCCUCGCCAGUCCCACCGUCACCCUGGCAACCACCCUCCCCUCCUUCUACAUCCCUGCCGCCAUCAUGAUCGUCCUGUACGCCCGCAUCUCCCUGGCCAGCAGGAGCCGGCUGGCCAAGCUGCGCUUGGAGGGCAGGAAGAGGGGGGCCUCUAGUGGUGGAUGCUGGCGCGGCGCGCGCAGGAAGGGUGGAGCUGUGUCCUCUGAGAGGGAGAUGGAGAGUGACUGGGAGAAGGUUCAUGAGGUCGCCUCUGUUGAAGGUGAGACCAGUGUCUGUCCUAAGCAGGACGCACGGCUAUCAAACGCUCCCCUUGAUUCUACAGGGGAGGCCAGAAUAGAAGCCACUUAUGAUAUCCCUCACGCAGCGCCCUCACCCAGAGAGACCACGCCAGACCCCACAGCUGUCCAACACAGCAGAGCAGAGUUCAGCCACCUCACCACAGUGGUUCAACCACACCCUCCUCACAACGGCUCCUGUGCAUCAGAAGCGCUGUAUGCUCUCCCCAGCUUCAGUAGGAGCCGGGCGAAGACCCGGAGGCGGGUUGGAGCGAGGGAGAGGAAGGUGACCAGGACUGUCUUGGCUAUCCUGCUGGUCUUCCUCCUCACCUGGACCCCCUAUAGCGUCAUGGCCGUCAUUGGAACGUUCUGUCACUACUGCGUGCCUGACAGCAUGUGGACCCUGGGCUACUGGCUCUGCUACAUCAACAGCACCAUCAACCCUGCCUGCUACGCCCUCUGCAACCCCACCUUCAGAAGGACCUUCCGCAACCUUCUACGGUGUCGAUGCAGGAACGUGGGAUGGAUGUGCAGGUGAAUGUGACGGAUGUGGAGGUGAAUGGGACGGAUGUGCAGGUGAAUGUGACGGAUGUGCAGGUGAAUGUGACGGAUGUGCAGGUGAAUGUGACGGAUGUGCAGGUGAAUGUGACGGAUGUGGAGGUGAAUGUGACGGAUGUGCAGGUGAAUGUGACGGAUGUGCAGGUGAAUGUGACGGAUGUGGAGGUGAAUGUGACGGAUGUGCAGCUGAAUGUGACGGAUGUGCAGCUGAAUGGGAUGGAUGUGGAGGUGAAUGUGACGGAUGUGCAGCUGAAUGUGACGGAUGUGCAGCUGAAUGUGACGGAUGUGCAGGUGAAUGGGACGGAUGUGCAGGUGAAUGUGACGGAUGUGCAGGUGAAUACGGAUCUCGCGUAGUAUGUCCUCAUAAUAUAAUAGGUUUGUUUGUUAAAACGAUUCUGUUCACUGUUAUUCUGUCCACAUAGUGUCUUCAUGUGAUGAUGGCAAGAUGUCAUAGAGAUGUUUGAUUAGGAGUGAUUAGUUAGCUGUGUUAGAGAUUCUGUAUUGCAACCGAAAUAUUACUUGUUUCAAUACCAGUAUCAUUUGUGUAAAGUGAUAUUUUUUUCAAAGUGUGCCUCCGGUUUUUAUUGCAUUGUACUGUAUAUAUUCAAUAUGCAUAGAUACACUGUAUGAAUUCAUAUUCAUAAUAGAAAUUCAAACAUACCAAACAUAUUGUUGUUAAACAAAAACAGUACAGUUUUAAUUUGUCUUUUUAAACAAACCUCAUUUGUAAUUAUGCCACAAUUUUUCUUCUUUGAUAUCUUACACACUUGCAAUGCCUAUUAAUCUACCAUUUUCUAGCAUAGAACUCAUUCAAUAUAUUCAGUAACACCCUCAAUCAUUGUAGAAGCAUUACGAUAUUUUUCAUUGCAUGAUUUGGAUGUUAAUUACCUAAAGCUGUAUAACUAUCUACAAAUGUUUGAGUUCUUUAAAAUUUUCAGUUAAAACAGGUGAUAAACUCUUGACUAUGAUGACUGAAUUAGGUUUCAUCGUUCCCUAGCAAAAGCAAUAUUUAAAAAGUUUACA